GAAGGAGAGGGCGGGAGCAGCAGGGCGCGCGGCUGAUCAGUGCGCGCGCGCCGUUACCAUUCCAGAGCAGGAGAGCGUUUCAUUCAGGGGAGGAGAUGAGUGACCGAGCCAGUGGACGGACUCCCACCCUGCUGCCCCCCGCGUAGAGUGACGACCAGCGGCAUCACGAAGCUGGGUGGAACUGCUGCAUGUGAAUCUGGGUCUGAUGAUAAUGGACUGACUGAAGCAUCAUUUCACGUCUGAAGAAACAAGAUGCAGAGUGUUCUACCUGAGGAAAUCCUGCCCAUCUAGUCAAGAGAGUGUCCAGUGAAGACAUCAUUGGAAGCUUGGAGGACUGCAGGAGAAUCCUGGAGAGUUAAAAAGCAUCAAACACAAACCAGCUGUUUAAAUGGCUUCCAUGGCUACAGCGACUCCUGUCUCCCUUUUCUCCCGCAUCUCCUCACCCUCCUCUGCACUAAUCUUCCUCUCCAUUCUUGUGCUGUUGUCAUGUCCUGCAUCUGUCCAUGGAGGCUCUGCGAAAAACUGCUCUGCCCAAGGAGACCCCUGUCAGGAAGGAGUUGUGCUUCCGGUGUGGAACCCGCAGAAUCCGUCUGUGGGUGAUAAAGUGGCCCGCGCCAUUGUGUACUUUGUGGCCCUCAUAUACAUGUUCCUGGGAAUGAGCAUCAUCGCCGAUCGCUUCAUGUCCUCGAUCGAGGUAAUCACCUCCCAGGAGAAGGAAAUUACAAUCAAGAGGCCAAAUGGCGAAACCACCACGGCUACGGUUCGAAUCUGGAAUGAGACAGUGUCUAAUCUCACCCUGAUGGCUUUAGGCUCCAGUGCGCCAGAGAUCCUGCUGUCAGUCAUUGAGGUGUGCGGCCACGGCUUUGAAGCUGGGGCUCUGGGACCGAGCACCAUCGUGGGAAGUGCUGCUUUUAACAUGUUUGUCAUCAUUGCGCUGUGCGUUUAUGUGGUCCCAGACGGAGAGACUCGCAAAAUCAAACACCUGCGGGUGUUUUUUGUCACAGCAGCAUGGAGCAUCUUCGCCUACAUCUGGUUGUACCUGAUUCUAAAUGUUUUCUCGCCCGGUGAAGUUCAGGUUUGGGAGGCAGUGCUCACCUUCCUUUACUUCCCACUCUGUGUAGUCCAGGCCUGGGUGGCUGACCGUCGCCUUCUCUUCUACAAGUAUGUCCACAAGCGCUACCGUGCCGACAAGAGCCGUGGCAUUAUCAUCGAGACGGAGGGCAGUGCGGAUGGAGGAGCGGGAGGGGUGGAUGGUCGAGGUGGGGCACUGGGUCCUGGGGGUUUCACCAAGAUGGACAUGCUGGAGCUGGACGGACAAAUGGCGCUGAACUGUCACAGUGGACUAGAUGGUGGAAUCCUGGAAGAUGGCGGUGCCAAGAAUGAAGACACUGAGGCCAGAAGAGACAUGGCAAGGACCCUGAAGGAACUGAAACAGAGACACCCUGACAAGGACAUGGAGCAGCUGAUCGAGAUGGCAAACUACCAGGUUCUGAUGCAGCAGCAGAAGAGCAGAGCUUUCUACCGAAUCCAGGCAACCAGGAUGAUGAUUGGAGCUGGCAACAUACUGAAGAAGCACGCCGCUGACCAAGCGCGCAAGGUGGUGAGCAGCAACGAGACCCAAGCCCAGGAGGACGACCCACACACUGUCCGUCUGGAGUUCGAACCAUCUUUGUAUCAGUGUUUUGAGAACUGUGGCUCCCUGAAACUCACAGUUGCUCGACACGGGGGUGAUCCAGGAAUCACUGUCAAGGUGGACUUUCGCACGGAGGACGGCACCGCUAAUGCUGGUUCAGAUUAUGAGUUUGCCGAGGGAACACUACUCUUCAAGCCUGGGGAGACUCUCAAAGAGAUCACAGUCGGUGUGAUUGAUGAUGACAUCUUUGAAGAGGACGAGUAUUUCUAUGUCCACCUUAGCAACCCACGUGUUGUUGGCUACCCCGAAAUCGGCACCGCUCCGGUCGAUGGUGGCUCAACGCCCAAGGCUGUGCUUGGUGAUAAUCACACAGCGACGGUUACAAUUUACGAUGACGACCACGCCGGAAUCUUCACCUUUGAGAGUGCCAGCCAGAGAGUGAGUGAGAGUGUCGGUGUCAUGGAGGUGAAGGUUCUGCGGACAUCAGGGGCCCGUGGCCUGGUUGCUGUUCCUUACCGCACCGUUGAUGGGACUGCCAAGGGAGGCGAGGACUACGAGCUAGCAUCAGGAAAACUGGAGUUCCAGAACGAUGAGACCAUGAAAAUCAUCGAGGUGAAGAUCAUUGACGAUGAAGAAUAUGAAAAAAACAAGACCUUCACCAUCGAGCUGGGUGAACCGGUCCUGCUGGAGAUUGGGCAGAAACAUGGCGACUCCAAUGAGAACAAGCCAGCGGUGGGAGCGGAGGAGGAGGAGGUCGCUAAGAUGGGAUGUCCCAGUCUGGGCGAGCACACGCAGGUGGAGGUGGUCAUCGAGGAGUCCUAUGAGUUCAAGAGAGCGGUGGAUGUGCUACUGUAUCGCGCUAAAAAGAAUACAGUGGAUAAGUUGAUCAAGAAGACGAACUUGGCGCUCGUGGUUGGAAGCAGCAGCUGGAGGGAGCAGUUUGUAAGUGCAGUGACUGUCAGCGCAGGAGAUGACGAUGAGGAGGAGAGCGGCGAGGAGCGUCUCCCCUCCUGCUUCGACUACAUCAUGCACUUCCUCACCGUCUUCUGGAAGGUUCUGUUCGCCUUCGUUCCUCCCACCGAGUACUGGAAUGGCUGGGCCUGUUUCUUCGUCUCCAUCUCGCUCAUCGGCGUCCUGACAGCGGUCACUGGAGAUUUAGCCUCACAUUUUGGAUGCACCAUCGGACUGAAGGACUCUGUGACCGCUGUGGUGUUUGUGGCUCUUGGAACAUCUGUGCCAGACACGUUUGCUAGCAAAGUUGCUGCCAUCCAGGAUCAGUACGCCGACGCCUCCAUCGGCAACGUGACCGGCUCCAACGCCGUCAACGUCUUCCUGGGCAUCGGCGUGGCGUGGACCAUCGCUGCUGUGGCUUGGUACUCCAAGGGAGAGACCUUCAAGGUGGACCCCGGUAACCUGGCGUUCUCCGUCACUCUUUUCACCAUCCUGGCCAUGGUGUGUGUCACCAUGCUGCUGUACAGGCGGCGGCCAUCUGUCGCCGGCGGUGAGUUGGGAGGCCCUCGGACUUGCAAGAUAGCAACAUCACUUCUGUUCGUGUCCUUGUGGCUCAUCUACAUCAUGCUGGCGUCACUGGAGGCCUACUGCCAUAUACCCGGGUUCUAAACGCUGGUAGAUAGAAGGAACGAGGAUGAUUCCACCCUUCCUUUCAAUAGUCUCAUCCUGAGUUUCUAGAGUUUUAGAUGCAGGACUCAACAAGUCUAUUUUUACUUCUCCAUUAUUUAAACACUGAUGAGUGGACUCAUUCCAUGUGACCUCUGCAUAGUGCUAGCUAGGAGGCGCAAGACACUAAACCCAGAGAGAUUUCAGUGGGAGCAUGCUAAAGGAUCAAGAGGAAGAGUGUGGAGUCAACCUGAGGCGAAUGGCAGCUAGCACGUCACUCUUUCACUUUGUUUUUAUUGGGUUUACAAAUGCCGACGGAGUGAAGCUGGCGACGAUAAUUUCAGGAUCAUGAAUUAUGCACUGGGAUGACAAACUGGGAGACGAAGGAAGAUCAAAGGAGAUUGGAAGCUAAAGUGGAGCAGAGACGUAAAGAUGAAGAGAGUUACGCAACCCACCCCCACCCGCCACA